GCAAAAUAAUUCAGUUAUUAUCGAAUUAAAACUAAAACCAAAGUGAUGUCGCGCAAAUAUUUCAAUAUUUUACUUCUGUUUAUUAUCAUGAUAACCGAAGUAACGUGUAAAAGUUUUACAGUUGUUAUCGAUACAACGGAAUCUAUGGACGAUGAGAUUAAUAUUAUAAAAGCAAACAUUGGUGAAGUUGUGAGAAAUUUAAACAAUAAAUCGACAGUGUCUGAUUACAUUCUUGUGCCUUUCAAUGAUCCAGAUGUGGGUACCGCAUUGAUAACAAGAACUGCCGAUGACUUCAUAUGUUCUUUGACCACAUUAACCACGAGCGGUGGUAAAGACUGUCCAGAGAACUCUUUGGCCGGAAUCGAGCAUGCCUUACGUGUGAGCGACCCAGAGUCAACAAUAUACGUGUUCACGGAUGCAUAUCCGAAGAAUUACGGAAAUAUGCCCUCAGUUUUGGAUUUGUGCACUAAUAAAUAUAGUCAGGUCCAUAUAAUACUGACCGGUGUAUGCUAUAUGUCGGCCAGAAAUUCCGCUGGUCGCCUUGACUUGUAUUAUGAAGUCGCGAGGGCUUGUGGUGGAGUUGUACUGCAGUUCGAGUCAGCGCAUAACCUCAGACAGGCAUUUUCAUAUAUUAAUGAGCUGAACAGAAACGCGUGGAAUGAAGUAAUCGUUCACGACAACAUCAGAGGACAGAAUCAGAUAAAUUUUCUACUUAAUCGGUAUAGCAAAGACGCAAUGGUAGUCGUUUAUGGAGGAACUGUCCAGCUACAGAUACAAGAUGAAAAGGGUCUGAUUGUAACUUUAGAUCGGAUUAUUGACACCAGAAACGUCCAGAUGUUCCGAAUAGAACCGAAACAAGGGAAAUAUUGUAUGUUCAUUCGGACUCACGAGGUAGUUUCAGUAACGCUGUACAUAAAAAGUGAUUUGGUCUUCUGUUUUGGAUUCUCACCUAAAUACCCUAAAUCUUUGGAGGAGACCAGCACUAGGCCUAUGGCAGGUCGUUCGAACUACAUACUAAUAAGCGUAGUGGACACAAAGAUACGAUUGGUUUCGUUGGAAAUGAAAUGUGGUAAUAUGACGACUGUCAUAAGCUUUGAAUAUACAACUAACGAAAGGUAUUACACGAGCAGAGCAUUUGUGGAUCCCAACAGACUAUGUCGCAUCACGGCAAAAGGAGAGGAUGAGAAUUCUCAAGGAUUUAUAGGUGCUACAAAGUUACUCAAGCCACAAGAACAAGUGUCAAAUAUUUCGGCGCUAAAACCAACUGUAGUGAUUAUUGAUCCAGAAUAUACACUGUUCGACUUUGGCACCGAUGUUUCAUUGACGUGCAAAAUAAAAGGACAUCCAGAGCCUGUUGUGAAAUGGGAAGAUGAUGACGGCCACUUACAUCCUUCCGAGCUGAUCCUGCUCGAAUUACCCUCGACUUACAUCAGUUAUGUUACGAUAACGAACAUAACAAGGAACACGACCGUUUUCUGCAGAGCUGAGAACACAGAAGGUUCAUCUGAAACCAGUCUCCAUGUUUAUAUUAACAAGACAUUUACUUUUGACAUUGUGCAAACGCCGUCAGAUAUAACAAUAGAAUACGGCGAAGAAGAUACAGUAUUUUGUGAGGUGUCUGCUUACCCCGAAGCCACCACAAAAUGGUAUCACAACAACUCCGAAAUAGUCUCAUCUCAGAAUCUCCAGCUGAUACCAGACGACAAUGCCAUGGUUAUUAAAAACAUGACUUUAGACUACACGGGCGAUUACAAAUGUGUCGUCGAGAACGUCGCUAAUAAAAAAGAAUUUGAUUUCGUUAUCAAUAUAUCCGGCUUGGAGUCCCCUCAGAUUGAAAUCAAUACACGAGAAAUCGUAUUGAGACCAGGUGAUUCAGCGGAACUCAAUUGCAGGAUCUUGAAAGGAAAUCCUGCCCCUCUUAUCACUUGGCAGCACAAAUCUGCAGACGAAUUCGCUUCUGACGAACUACCCGAAGAUUCUAUUAUAGUUGGAAAUAAGCUUAAGAUUUUAUCUAUUAAAAAGGAACAUGAAGGAAUAUACCGAUGCACAGCUGUAAAUCUCAAGGGCGAAAGCUCAGCGGAAGUAACGUUGAAAGUUCAAUUUGCUCCUGUCAUUAAAGAUGAUGUUAUAUACCCCCAAACUGUGCCGGUGAAGGAGGGAGAUAAUGUGGAACUACCUUGUGACGUCACAGCAUCACCGGAGGCUGUAGUUAGAUGGGAAAUGUCACAAGAUGAUGUUAUAAUCCCACUGGAUCAAAGACACGUUACAGAUGAUCAGAAUACACAUAGAUUCACUGCGUUGUGGAGAGAUUCCGGUCAUUAUCACUGUAUUGCCGAAAAUGCCCUGGGAACAGCAAAGAAAACCAUUCUAGUAAAUGUCUUAGUGGCCCCAUACAUCGAGACACCACAGUCAAAAACAUUGACAGUUCGUUCAGGCUCAACUGUCAAACUAGCGUGCAACGUUCUAUACGGUAAUCCGGCUCCAUCUUUGAAAUGGAAAUUCAUAAAUAAGGAUUCCACGUCUAGGAUACUCAGAAACAACAGGACGAGUUCGUUAACCUUGAACAAUGUCAACAAAUUAAAUGAGGGUUCCUAUAUGUGCAUCGUGGACAAUGCACUAGGCUCUGACAGGAUUAAAUAUCAAUUAAAAGUUGAAUAA